AUGCCUUCCUUGCUUGAUUUCUUUGAGACUCGCCGCCCUUCCGCAAAACGACAAAAGGUCUCUCAUGGGGUGAACUUCGAAGAGCUGUCGGCUCGAGUUAAUGGUCAAAAUGUGAAAGAAUCAUCUGAAACGCUCUCGGAAUUGCUUACCUUAUCCAGAAAAGACACUGAGUCCACAGACGUGGCUGAUCUGUCAGUUGGCAAUGACGUCUUGGACAAUCUCCAAUGCAGUCAAACAGCAUUAGAAAUCUCGCUACCGCCGAUCAAAACUGACGAUGACGCGAUUAAAGAGUAUGAAAACUCUAGGGCUGCUGAAAUCGAGGAGUCAGAGUCGCUUUCACUAGAACAAAGGCUCGGGGAGAGGAAAUGGCACAAAGGGAAGAGUUCAAUCUACGUGGAUGCAUUCAAUCUCGCACUCGAGACAGUGCUGAACGAAGAGGCUCACCUGUUCGAUCAGACGGAGCUAGACGUUUUUUACAGGUGGAAAGAUCUGAGCUAUGAAGCACAGUACUUAUAUGUACGGCUUUUCCUCCGCAAGACCGCCGCCUGGCAUCGUAUCAAUCGUUUAGGUUAUUACCAGGACAUUGCCGAUAUGGAUCAAGCUGUGGCGGAUUUGAGAGAAGUUCAUCCUCUCUCGUGUUCGAAACCCUCUGUUGCAUACGAGGUUCCUGUCUCGUCCGAACAACCUGAUAAUUCAAUUCUCCUAGGUGAUUCCUUCCGAUUUGCUGAAGGUAUUGAGGAGAUUGCAACGUUAGAAGAGGCUUCGUCCCUACUGCUAUUAGAGGAACUUAAAGAGAUGGCUAAAGAAGCCAAGGUUCAAGGGAAGAACAAAAAGGAGCUUAUAACAGCUUUCCUUCAAGCCAGUCAGACCCAAGCAGGUCUCAGAUGGGAUGCGGGAAAAGGCAACAAUAGAGAUCGCCACUUUCACAACAAGAUUUUGGAGCUUACUGGUGACUGUAUCAGACUUUCUCCAGCUCCUUUGAAGUUAUUUGAGAGGGUGCAUUUGGUCUUUUACCGUUCUUCUGAGUGGACAGAGAAGUCUCUCACUACAAUCAUCUUAGCGAAGAUUUCCCAAAAGAAUUUUCCAGAAUAUAUUGUAUCUCGAUCUACGGCGAUAUUUCCAUCACGGGCAGCUUUGCUUGAGUUUGAAGUUGCUUUAAGAACACAAUACGAUAUUGACAACAUACUUGAGUUUAGCGGCACGCCGGCACCGCAACGUCUCCAAACUAUCAAAGAUCUGAGCGAAAAGGUUUAUCCAAGGUGGAAAGUUCUACUUGAACAAGAGCAACAGAAGGAAAAUAGUAUAUAUUUCAGUGGCGAAGGUGCUUACUUGCGUCGAUUUUCACCCGCUUGGGUGUAUACGAGAAUCAUACACAAAGGCCUCUACCCACUCGGCCGUUUCAAAGAGCAUAAACGGGAGCAUGAACUACUGAUCGAUUUGCUUGACCAAAAGCUCUUUCACGCUGCGCGGCGUGGUGCAUGGUAUCAGAGAAAAGCUCUAUUGGAGGAACAUUACCUCUGGGCCUUAACUCCUAAUGAAGGUAGAACCGAGGAAGCACAAAAGAAGUACUGGAAAAGAAUUGCCUUGACCACGUGUGAAGCCGGGCUCCAAGAUCCAGAUUGCCAUGUCAUCUAUCACUAUGACCUUCAAAAAAGGAUUGCCAAGCUCGAAAAAUCCUUGAAGGUAGUCAAACGAGAACAACACGACUUUGGGCACGUCCUCCUUGUCAAGCCACGGGAAAGAACUGUUGAAGGGAUCCGUGUUGAGAAAGAGGUUCCCUUGACCCAGAGUGACUCGAAAGAACGAGGCGAUAGCUCGGGAACAUCGACGCGUAAAGGACAUGCCACAGUCUGGAUUCAUGAACGAGAAAACGGCGAAGAAUGUAGAGUUGAGAAUAUGUGCUUGAGCUGGUACCGAGACAACGGUUGGAAGGGCUAUCAUUCCGAGGGCGGUAUUGUACGGACACUUUUUGGCUACCUUUUUUUCGAUAUACUCUUCACUUAUGUCCCCAACGUCUUCCAGACGCCUUUCCAAACCUGUCCCUUGGAUCUUCAUACAGACGCCUUCUAUCCAUCUCGCGCUUCCGAGAUCAAUCAUCGGCUCGUUCAACUUGCUAACGGCGAGGCCGAAUCCAUUAUACGCAGGGUCCACGAGAGUGAAUUUCCUAAACGGACCUGUAUCGUUGGCGUAGACUGGACGUACGCACUUGACGACCUCGUGGAAAUCGUGCAGUGUUUUAGCGGUGCAUCUCUAGCAACGGUGUGCAAAGUGAUGGCACAAGAAUAUCAACAGCGCGGAGGCGGUAUUCCCGACCUUUUCCUCUGGAACCCAGACAAGAAGGAGGUCAUGUUUGCCGAGGUCAAAUCAGAGAAUGAUCGAUUGAGUGAUACACAGAGAUUGUGGAUACAUGUUUUGACAGGCGCAGGUGUGAAAGUAGAGCUAUGUAAUGCUGUGGCUAGGGAGGUCAGAUAUAUAUGA